AUGGCCAGGGGUGAUUUCCGGCUACCGGGACGCUUUGUCCUGCUCCGCCUCGCCGUGCCCAUGGAGGGAGGCAGGAGUGCAACUGCGGCGGGGAGCGGACACGGGGAAGAAGGGGCGCGGAUGCGGUGGGUGGCCGUUAUGCCAGCUUUUGGCUGGAGGUGGCUGCUGGCACUGUCAUCACUGCCAUCGUUUGCUCUGCUACUCUUCUACCCAGUGACACUAGAGUCACCAAGAUACCUAUGCAUGAAGGGUAAAAUAGCUGAAGCUGUUCAUGUUUUGGAAACAAGGGCACGAGUAAAUUGUGUCUCUCUCCCCUCUGGUCGACUUGUCUCUGGCCAUCGGACAGAACUUCAUGAUAUCGGGGAUGCCUCAGAAACGGCACAAUUGGUGACAUCUAAGAAAAAUAAUACUGCUGAUCAUGGUAGCAAAUCUGAGAUUGGAGGCUUCACUGCCAUCUUAAAGCUUCUAUCUCCGAACUUAAUCAGAUCGACUCUUCUACUUUGGACUGUCUUUCUUGGUCAUGCCUUUUUGUACUAUGGUCUUGUUCUGCUAACAUCAGAAUUGAAUCAUGGAAAUAGGAUCUGUGGAUCAGAAGAGGGAGCAGAAGUGACAACAACAGCCCACAUAAAUGAUGAAAAUCUCUACAGAAAUGUAUUCAUAACCAGCUUUGGAGAGGUUCCUGGCCUUCUCCUGUCCGCUGCCAUUGUCGACAAGAUCGGGCGCAAGCUCUCAAUGUCUUCCAUGCUUUACAUCAGUUGCCUGUGCAUAUCUCCGCUUAUGUUCGCCCAGACAGAAUCUCUGACAACCGUGUUUUUAUUCGGUGCUCGGGUUUGCAUCUCGGCAAGCUUCACUGUUCUGCACAUCUACGCCCGUGAGAUAUACCCAACUGCUGUUAGGGCCACGGGUGUCGGGUUUGCAAGCUCAAUUGCUCGGUUUGGUGGGAUCCUAUGCCCCCUUGUGGCCGUCGGUCUGGUGCACGCGUGCCACCAGAUGGCAGUUAUCUUGAUAUUCAUCACGGUGAUGCUGGCUUCAGGCAUCGCCGUGUCAUACUUCCCCCUGGAAACAAGCGGCCGAAAGCUGAGUGACCACGUCGCCGCCGCAUGA